AUGAAGCCCGGCCUCCCCUUCCUAGGAGCACUUCUGUUCCUCCUCGGCCCAGCUGCAGAGGCUUUGGUGAGCACUAGUCCCACUCCCAGCCCCUUGCCAGUCACUGACACUGGCUCCACCAUCGGCUUCGGUGCUGGUGUCUCCAGCUCCAGGCAAAGCAGAGGCGGAGGUGGAGGCUUCGGAGGCUUCAGCUCAGGCGGAGGCUUCGGAUGGGGAAGUUCCAGCGGAGGCGGAGGCGGAGGCUCUCGCUCUGGCUCUGGGUCCCAGUUUUCCAAUUUCACCGGCUCCAAGGAUGAUCGAGGGACCUGCAUGUGCUCGGUCGCCCUGCCAGACACCACAUUUCCCGUGGACAGAAUGGAACACUUGGAAGUCACAGCGCGCAUCCUCUCCCAGAGGUUCGAGAGAGAGCUUUCUAAAGUCAAGGAGUAUGUCCAGUUAAUCAGUAUUUAUGAAAGGAAACUUUCAAACCUAACUGUCCGAGUAGAGAUCAUGGAAAAGGAUUCUAUUUCUUACACUGAAUUGGACUUUGAACUGAUCAAGAUAGAAGUGAAGGAGAUGGAGAAGCUGAUCAUCCGGCUGAAGGACACUUUUGGUGGAAGCUCAGUAAUUGUUGACCAGCUAGCAAUAGAGAUAAGGAAUAUGACUCUCCUGGUAGAGAAGUUGGAGACACUGGACAAAAACAAUGUCCUUAGCAUUCGCCGGGAAAUCGCGGUGCUGAAGAACAAGCUGAAGGAAUGUGAAGACUCUAAAGAUGUACACAUCCCUGUUGCCCCCCCUCCUCCUGCUCCAGGGACAUGUGAUCACGGUGGUGUGGUGAACAUCAGCAAACCUGUUAUAGUUCAGCUCAACUGGAGAGGGUUUUCUUACAAGUAUGGUGCCUGGGGUCGGGAUUAUUCUCCUGAGAAUCCAGACAAAGGGCUGUAUUGGGUGGCACCUUUGAAUACAGAUGGGAGAAUCUUAGAAUAUUACAGACUCCAUAACACGCUGGAUGAUCUGCUAUUGUAUACAAACCCCCGAGAGUACCGGAUUCAGUAUGGUCAAGGUAGUGGGACAGCAGUUUAUAAAAACAACAUGUAUAUCAACUGGUACAACACCCGCAACAUUGCCAAAGUUAACCUGACCACCAACACGGUUGCUGUGACUCAAGCUCUCCCUAAUGCUGCUUUUAAUAACCGCUUUUCAUAUGCUAACGUUGGUUGGCAAGAUAUUGAUCUGGCUGUAGAUGAGAAUGGGUUGUGGGUGAUCUAUUCAACGGAAGCCAGCACUGGUAACAUCGUGAUUAGUAAGCUCAAUGACACCACACUUACGGUGCUAGAAACUUGGCAGACCAAGCAGUAUAAACCAUCUGUUUCUAACGCCUUCAUGGUUUGUGGGGUUCUGUAUGCCACCCGUACUCUGAACACAAGAACAGAGGAAAUUUUCUACUACUUUGACACAAACACAGGCAGGGAGGGCAACCUGAACAUUGCCAUGCCCAAGAUGCAGGAAAAAGUGCAGAGCAUUAAUUAUCACCCUUUCGAACAGAAACUUUUUGUCUAUAAUGAUGGUUACCUUCUGAAUUAUGAUCUUAUCUUUGACCAGGUACCCCGCUAA